CUGCGCACGUUUAAAAUGUUACGCGACGAAGAACGCUCGACGAAUAGAUCAGUUAAAGAAGAUGAAAUUCUCGCCGAAUGGAACGUGAAAUUUCGCAAGGUGGAUCAAUCUUUGAGUGGAAACUUGAAGGAACAUUUCCCGAAUUGUGCGGAGCAUGGAUUUGUAACGAGCGAACCGGGUGGCUUUUUCUUGAUGGACGAGUAUUCACGCCAUGCAGAAAAAAUCUAUCGCUUUCAACCAAGAAGCGACGAUGUGUGGGUGGUAACAUUUCCCAGAUGUGGGACAACAUGGACGCAAGAACUGGUGUGGAUGAUCAUGAAUGACUGCGAUAAAAUUAGGGCAAAGGCACCUUUAAUGGUUCGAUCACCGUUCCUAGAAUUACCAUACAUGUUGCCUUUCGACGCUACUUCACCAGAGAUCAGAAACAUGAUGGUAACUCUUGAAACGAUCGAGGAAAUGCCUUCACCAAGAAUUAUCAAAAGCCACCUUCCGUUCUUCCUACUUCAUCCCAAAUUGCUGGAUACUUGCAAGGUGGUAUACGUGGCUCGCAAUCCAAAAGACGUCAUAGUUUCGUGUUUCUACCACCACCGGCUAUUUGAUUUCCACUAUUUCGACGGAGACGUUGAGAAAUUCGCACAAUACUUCAUGGAUGGCGAAGUAAUGUUCUCUCCAUUUUUCCCGCACAUCCUUGAUGCCUGGAGUAAACGCCAUCUUCCCAACAUGCUCUUUCUUUUCUACGAAGACUUGAAAAAGGAUUUACGCGGAGAAAUUGAAAAGAUAGCCAAGUUUCUCGGUAAAUCGCUGGCGGAAGAGCAACUCGAGGAUCUGAGAGAACACCUGCGCUUCGACAAUUUUGCAAAGAACGAGUCUGUGAACAUGGAACCAGCCAAGCAAUUUGGGCGUUUCAAUCCCGACGGCCACUUUGUACGCAAAGGAAAAACGGGCGAUUGGAAAAAUCAUUUCAGUCCGGAGAUGAAUCAGCGCAUCGAUGAAUGGAUUGAAAAAAAUCUGAAUGGAUGCGCAGAUCUCAAGUUCGUAACCCAACUUGAAUUCCAAGAUUCUUGGAACGAAUUCGGAUCAAUCGGGAACUUACUUAUUACUUCGCAAAUGUCGCCCGGAAACGAAGAAGUGAUCAUGGCAACCACCAAUAUUAAAUUUGAAGUGAUUCCAAAAACCCUGACUCGUCCAUUUAAAGAGCAUUUCCCUAGUUAUACCGAAGGGUUGACCAGAGGCGAUCCAGGUGGAUUUGUUUUGACUCCAGAAUACGCCAAACACGCGGAUCAGCUGCGCAACUUUCAACCCAGAAAUGACGACGUUUGGAUAGUUACUUUCCCGAAAUGCGGAACAACAUGGACACAGGAAUUGGUGUGGAUGGUAAUGAACGAAUGCGACGAGGAGGCUGGAAAACAGCCGUUGACGAUACGAUCUCCUUUCCUAGAAUUUCCUUAUCUAACACCAGCACAAGCCGUAAACGAGCCACUGGAAUUGAAUAAAAUGGUGCCAGUUAAAGCGAUUGAAACGAUGCCUUCGCCUCGACUCAUCAAGACGCACCUGCCUCUAUAUCUACUUCACCCAAAGCUGCUCGAUACCAGCAAGGUAGUCUACGUGGUGCGCAAUCCAAAGGACGUCAUCGUUUCCUACUUUUACCACCAUCGGCUCAUCAAAUUCCAGAAUUAUACGGGAACGCUAGAAGACUUUGCUCAGUAUUUCAUGGACGAUGAAGUUUUUUACGCGCCCUUCUUCCCUCACGCGUUGGAGGCAUGGGCUCAACGUCAUCAUCCCAACAUGCUCUUUCUUUUCUACGAGGACAUGAAUCACAACCUGAGGGGAGAAAUUGAACGUGUUGCUGCUUUUCUUGGCAAAACCCUAACGGGCGAACAGCUGGCCAGACUUGUUGCCCAUCUUCGUUUCGAAACGUUUGGGAAAAACGAUGCAGUCAAUUUCGAAGCCAGCAAGAAAAUGGGUUUUAUGAACCCUGAAGGCCGUUUCAUUCGUAAAGGGCAAAUAGGAGACUGGAAAAAUCAUUUCAGUGCAGAAUUGAACGAACGCAUCGACCAGUGGAUAGAGAAACAUCUAGCUGGAACCGAUUUAAAAUUCACUACACAAUUAGAAUGACUUUCGUUCUGAAACUGGAUGACGAGAGGUUGGUAAAAGAACACUGCCCUUAUUUUCUAAUUGGACUUUUCGAUUUAAAAUUUCGCCUAUUUGGUGCUUUCUAUCUACUAGAAAUUACAUUGUUUUUACUUACGUAUGAUCCAGUGGCUGUUGAUUCAAUACACUUAAUUAUUUUCACCA